AUAAUACUUUUUACACAAGUUUUUCAGAAAUAGCGUUUAUUUUUUUAGAAUUUGAAUUGAAAAUUUUGACAAAAGCGACACGAUCUAAAAUAUCUUGAUCUUGUUGAUGAGCCCCAAUAAUAUUAACGGAUUAUUUUUUUUCUGCAAUAAAAACUGAAAUGAACAAAUUGUGCAAAAAAUUCUUUGCGAAAUAAUCUGCAUGCAUAGAAUCGUGUCUACCGAAAACUGGAAGGACGAGAUAAUUUUACGAGUGAGAUGAACUCAAAAACAAUGUUGCGCUAGGGUAGUAAUACCGGUAAUAAAAUUCAUGCCGAUUUUUAUAUGCACUUCUUCUUCUUUAGCACGAAAAAUAUAAAACUUUGCACUUUGUCGGGGACAAGGUAAUAAAUUUAAUGGUAAGAGACACGAAUUUUGUGGGUUCAUUGACGGAGAAUUUGCAAAAGUGGUGAUGAUCUAUGCCAAAAAUAUUUGCACUUUUUAUCCUCAAAGUCAACUGCCGGUGGGUCAGACGGAUUUUGAACUUUGGUGAAGGCGAGAUUGGAAUUUUUUGUGGUUAUUUUGUUUAAAAAUAAUUUUUUGAAAUGUGGAAAAAUGUGGUGGGAGCGGUGCUACUUUUGGGGGUCAUGGGUUGCCACGCCAUGACGUAUUACGAUCCGGUCAUGGAAGCGGUGGUGAUUGAUGACACGGUGAUUUUUGACCCGUCGAAGUUCGAGCCGGGAGAGGAGGAUCGAAGUGCCGCGACGCCACGACCGGAAGGAUACUGCGUCCCCCCGACGGGUGGGGACGGGGUUUGCAUCCCUUUAAGGGAGUGCUUUCCCUACGUGGAUUUUAUGAUGCAGGAGGACGCAAAUAAUCAGAUUAGUGGAUACGUUACGGAAAUUAUUAAUGCGACCGAGCCCUGUUCCGAUGAAAAUGGCUACGUCUGCUGUCCGAAUUACAGUUAUGCGAAACUUCCCGCUAAGAAACCGGCCGUUUUGCCACAAUUUCCCACCCCCACGACGAACAAACCCGGGGCGCUUUCUUCUUCGACGACGGCGGCGACGACGACGACCAGCGCGCCUAAAAAUCAGACGAAACCCAAUCCGACGAAACCAAAGCAAACUUGUGGAACUUUUGUGAGCAGGACGGAUGACAACGUGGUCGGGGGACAGUAUGCUUCAAAGGGUCAGUUCCCUUGGGCUGUAGCAAUUACGGAUAAUGGUCGCCAAUUCUGCGGUGGAAGCCUUAUUAAGGAAGAUUACGUUCUGACGGCGGCACAUUGCGUUCAACAGUUGCGAAACGCUGGAGGCGUCCGAGUCCUCAUUGGUGGUCACAAUAUCGGGGUGACCGAAGCGGGUCGCGAAUCCCGCAGCGUUUCUAAGAUUUUGUACCAUCGAAGUUUCGCAAUGCAACAUCUGCAAAAUGACGUCGCCCUGUUACAAUUAAGCACCCCCGUAAAAUACACGACGUACAUUCAGCCGAUUUGUUUGAAUUCGGAGGAAUUGACGUACAAGGAGAAAGUGGAUUUGGCCGGGUGGGGAAAAACGGGAAAUUAUGGGUCUCCCUCAAAAACUUUGAAGACGGUAAACAUGCCACUAAUUUCGCCAGAAGCGUGUAAACGAACUUAUCAAGGUACAAAUGCUCCUCCGAUGGGACCAGGAAUGAUUUGUGCAGGGUCUCAAGCCCCAUUAAAGGACGCGUGCAAUGGCGAUUCAGGAGGUCCACUCACGCUGAAAAAGGGUGAAGAUAAGGCAACCCAGGUGGGCGUGGUUAGUUGGGGGAUCGGUUGUGGGGAAAAGCCUGGCGUGUACACGAAAGUUAGCCACUAUUUGCCCUGGAUUACGAAAAAUUCUAAAUAACUGGUCCAAAGGAGGACAGACAUAAAUUCAGGGAGUAAUUUAUUAUAAAAAAUAUAUUUAUUAAUUACUUAAUUUGUGGUAGAAAAAAUAUAUUGAUUUGUGGUAAAAACUGUUAAUUUUUUGUUAAGAAAA